UCCUCCUCAGCCUGUGACCGUCCCACCGCCGGCCGGAGGAGCUGCUCUCUCUCCGCUGCCCAAGUUCACAAACCGCUGGCUGUGUUUUAAAGUCUGGAGGCUGUCCCCCCUGUGUGAGUUAUCACCGCAGCCUUUACACUGCCUCUACUAUUGUUUUGCAUUGGAUGGACACACUUAUGGAUUUAUGAUUUUUUUAUUUCUUCCAUUUUCUGGGCAGAAGAGGCUAAAACUUUUUUUUUUCGGAACUUUUUAAAAGUCUGCUGGCAUUGUUUCUCAUCUCUCCACAGUGAUUUUGUUGAUGACGCGGUCUAACCAAGAUGGACACGGGCUGUCUGCCGGUUGGAGACUAGAUAACGGCUUCACCCACUCAAUCUAGAUGUAGACAUUAUUUAUUUUAUCCGUGCUAUUUAUUCAGUGGAUGUAAGUGGAUGUAAGUGGAUGUGGAUCCUUAUAAUGAACAUUUUCCCACUGGAGUUUCGGUGAACUUUUUCCUCCAAAAGACUCGCCAUGUCGGGAGUGGUCCGCACCCUGAGCCGCUGCCUGCUCCCGGCCGAGGCCAGCCGGGACCCGGGCGGCAGCAAGGAGGGGAGCCGGGAGAGGGACGCGGCGCAGGAGCGGGAGGCGCGGCGCAGGAGCCGGGAGAUAGACGCGAUGCUCGCCCGGGAGAGGAGAGCCGUCCGCCGGCUGGUGAAGAUCCUGCUGCUCGGGGCCGGAGAGAGCGGAAAGUCCACAUUCCUCAAACAGAUGCGCAUCAUUAACGGACAAGAGUUUGAUCAGAAAGCUCUGCUGGAUUUCCGGGACACUAUCUAUGAUAAUAUACUGAAGGGCAUGCGUGUGCUGGUGGACGCCCGGGACAAGCUGGGCAUCACCUGGCAGAGCUGUGAGAACGAGAAGCAGGGCAUGCUGGUGAUGUCGUGGGAGGGACGCGUUGGCGCCACGGGGGUCGAGCCUGGCGAGUUUCAGCUGUACGUGAUGGCACUGAGUGCGCUGUGGGCGGACACCGGCAUUCAGCAGGCCUACGCACGACGCUCUGAGUUCCAACUGAGUGAGUCGGUCAAAUACUUCCUGGAUAACUUGGAUCGCAUCGGUCAACUGAACUACAUCCCAAGCAGACAGGAUAUUUUGUUUGCGAGGAAGGCGACGAAGGGUAUCGUCGAGCAUGACUUUGUCAUCAAGAAGAUUCCUUUCAAGAUGGUGGACGUUGGCGGGCAGAGGUCCCAGAGGCAGAAGUGGUUUCAGUGUUUCGACGGGAUCACGUCAAUACUCUUCAUGGUUUCAUCGUCAGAGUAUGACCAGGUCUUGAUGGAGGACCGCAGGACAAACCGUUUGGUUGAGAGUAUGAACAUCUUCGAGACGAUUGUAAACAACAAGCUCUUCCUCAACGUGUCCAUCAUCCUCUUCCUCAACAAAACAGACCUGCUGGUGGAAAAGAUUCGAAUAGCAGACAUCCGCAAGCACUUCCCCGAGUUCAGAGGAGACCCGCGCCGGCUAGAGGACGUACAGGCGUUCCUGGUGCAGUCGUUUAGCCGUAAGAGGAGAAACCGAGGGAAGCCGCUGUUCCACCACUUCACAACUGCAGUGGACACAGAAAAUAUCCGCUUUGUCUUCCACGCCGUGAAGGACACCAUCCUGCAGGAAAACCUCAAAGAUAUCAUGCUGCAGUGACCUUCACGCUGCAGACGACGGCUUCUCUGACUGUAAACUGUGAAACCAGCCAUGAAUCCAGGCCAGAGAAGGCCUGGGAGCAUUUUUAACACUGACCUGUGGAGCAGUCAGUUGACCCACCGAGUGGAUCUAACUGAACUUUGAACUCUGAACCUGUGGAGCCAUGAAGUGACUCUGGAUCAGUUGGCCCAUGUCGGCCCCUGUGGAAACUGCAAGGGUCUACAAGGACAAGACCCUGCAUUUAACCUGUAUAAAUGUGUGUAUGCUGGAAAGACAGUCACCUUCUUCUUCUUGUACAACUCGCCUUCGUACACAGGUUAAGAAAUGUUGAAAAAAAAAAGGAAAAAAAAUAGAGAAAAGCACCCACUACAUGACACAAGCACUGAAAGUGUUUUUUUCUCGGAUGUAUAUAAGACUUAUGACAACCCUGUCACUAAACCAAGUCAGACUGCUGCCGGCUGAAAUGCAGUAAGUUCGAGCUGCGAGAGCAAGAAGCAGGAGGGAAAGAGAGUGAAAAGAAAGAAAGUUUAGAGAGAGCUGAAGAAUGUCUUGUCCUAAUAUACACGUGACAGAGGGAGAGGGGUGAGGGUUUGGGCCCGUACUGGUCAUAUGCUGUGUUAUGUGAUAAGGUUGCACAAGUGUUCCUGUCAAUGAACUUUAACAGAGGAAAGAGAUUAUCUCUCUUACACUCCUCGUUCUCUCCUGUACUGUCUUCUCUCUGUUUCUCUCUCCUCCCCUGCUUGUAUUUAUUCCCCUCGUCCCACCAUCAUAGGAGAGAUGAACAGCUGCAGAUAGUAAGACUUAUCCUCUCCUCUCCUCUCCUCCCCGGCACAAUUGAGAGAUUGUUCCUCUCCAGCAGAAACAGUAGACGGUUAAAUUAGAGACUCUUCUUGGGAAAAUACGCACAUGCGGAAACACACAGCUCCUGGUCUUGCAUGAAUUCAUGGUUCAUCUCUCUUCUUAUGGUUUUCUUCUCUUCUCACCAACAUCCUAGUAGAUGUACCACAUUACCCCAGACUCAACCUGAGGCAUAUUAUAAGUAUCCCCUUUUACAAGAAGGCUUAGGGGUUCGGUUACACUAUUUGGUCCUGAGCUUUUGUCCUGUGAACGUGAAGGGAACAGCAGAGAAUGACAGGGUUGAACUGUAAAUGACCUUAUUCCCAUAUUGCAUGUCCCAUUUUGGACUUCUGUAGCAGUCAGGGUGGGAAGGGUGGGCACAAAACAGCAACAAGUGACCGAAACAAGUCACACUGAGCAAAAACAGAGUGAAGUUAGCAAACUUAUACUAGUGUUGGUGAUGCUUCAUUUUACGGGUCUGUAAUCUCCUUGUAAGUCUCUGUAAGUACACGGGAAAGUAUGAAUUUCCUUGAAAUACCAGCUUCAUUAAAACUCAAAUUAAUAAUAAGUAAAUAAUCAUUCAUUAUUCAUUCAUUAUUGGAAAUGUAGUUCUCUCUAUAUAUAUGUUGAAUUGCUUCCCUAAAGACAAAUUUCCCAUUUAGCAUAUUCACAGCUGACUUUGACUAAAAAGUCUUGCAAGGUUACGCUAGCAAGUAAUUAAUAAAAUGUACAAAUUGACCUCUUUCCUUUUUUUAUGACCUACAGUUAGCACCAAAUAAAAAUACAUUUUUCACGUUCACUUCUUAGAAAUUUUUUAGGACAUUACAGACUCGUAAAAUAAAGGAUUACCCAAGUUGUCUGGUAUUUUCUAUCAACUCUUCUGAGCGUGUUGCUAAGAAGAACACCGAGUAAUACAAUAGACUAUAUAGACAAUAAAUAAUCCCCCAUGAAUUAUUUUAACUUUGUUGGAGAUGGUUAAACUCUUAGCUAGGUCUAGUGCUGAAAAAAUUUAAAAAAAUUUGUUGAUGAACUGAUUAGUCGAUUGGCCAAAAAAAAAUGUAUCAACUAUUAAUCAAUUUAUUAUUUGGUUCCAGCUUCUCAAAUGUGCUCAACUUGCUGGUUUUCUCUGUGUUUGGUUAUAAAAUGAACACCGACUGUUCGUCAGACAAAGCUAGUAAUUUGAAAAUGUCAUUUUGGGCUCUGAGGGAUUGUGUUCACUAUUUUUGGACAUUUCAAAGGUGCACUAAUCAAUAUAUUUAUAUUAACAAUAGAAAAAAAUGACAGCGUAAUGUAAAGGGGCCCCUUGUACUGAUUAAUUUACAGAGAAUUAUGACUCAACUCUGCGGUUUUCGGCUCUACGGUGUCUUUCAGCUCAUUGUUUCGGUUUUACCCCAACAAGUUUUCUGUUUUGGUUCACUCUCACUGCUUUCAUUAACCUGGUUUCCAUUUGCAGCAGGCAGCUGUUUUCAGCAAAAAAAAAGCUCUUGUAAACGCACUGUACACUACCUGUCCAGCACCAAACGACAGACAGUUAGCAACUUGCUAACGUAGUGGAGCAUUUAGCAGCUAAAGAGCCGGAUAUUCCCCUCAGGAGUUGAUAGAGAUCAAAACUAAAACUAAAAGGAGAGUUAAUAUUUGACUUUUGAUCACGAGGUGGCCAAAAACAUUCCAAAUUAUGACUCAUGUUAGAUGUGUAAAUAAAUGACUGGUUGCUAACACGUCCGCCAUUUCGACUUUAUUUGGUGAUAAUAUGUCAGUUUACUUGUUACAAAGCCUCCAAAAUACCAGAAAAUCAGUAAAUACAGGUUAAAAGACCAAAUGACCAAUGAAUCAAUCAAAAAUAAUAAUCUACUGAUAAUUCACUAAUGAAAGCACUAUUUAUGCCUGUUUGACCAGUGAGAGUUAAUGUUGCAUGAAGUACUGUUGCUAUGGUGACUUGCAGCUAAAUAUUCCUUGUGCACUGAUUUAGAUCUGUGGUAAACUGUUAACCACAACUAUGUUUGAGGUUUCCUGCUACAUGACUUUAAUGGAUAACUGCAAGCACAUCAAAAAUAUGUAUUUUUUAAAAUAAGUCACAAUUUGAACCCAUAUCGUCGAGCCUUUGGAUUCUUAAUCUUAAUCAGUUUCUCUCUAAUAUGUCUAUGAAUCUAUGAAAUGAGAUUUGAUUCCCAGCAUUCACAUGAUGUAGAUUUUGGUACGCAGCAGUAGGACAAUGCUGCUGCUCUUCCCACCCUGAGUAUUAAGUCCAAAUGGCCUUGAGGGGAAUGAGGCUAAUUAUGAGCACUUCCACACGCCUUUAUUAUAAUACUGUAUUAAACUGUGUAAUUUAUAUGUGUUUGUGUGUGUUUGCAUAGCGACAUUUUGUGCAUGUUCAUACUUCCUGUACAUAGAAUACUGUGUUUGACCGACACUGUGUGUAAAACCUUACAAUACAAACACCACUCUGUCUAACAGUAUCACUGUAACUGUAACGUUGCUGUAGCAUUUUGUCGUUGUUAACUAACCUACCUUUUCCACUCACACGAGUUUUUCUACACGUCGUCAUUGCACUGGAUGUGUCUGCGAGAAAACGACCAGCAAGGAGAACGUCUGGAGAAAAGAAAAAAAAAAAAAAAAAGGCAAUGAAACAAACAAACAGACGGCAGACUUUGAAAGGCGAACAGGAUGGAGGCAGAGGAUGAAGAGAGGGAGGGAGGUCUCUCACUCGCUUUACCCGUUUGGUCUUUUUUUUUUUUUUUUUUUUUUUUUUUUGGUCUGCUUUUGUUUUUUUGUUUCCCAGUGCCUUGGCUCUGUGCUCUGUGGUGAAAUACACUGCCGUUUGCUGA